AUGGCUGAGGACAGCGAUUUGGGUUCGCAGCUUGGUCCGCUGGCUUUCUGCGAGCGGCUCCCAGUGCCCAUUCUUUCCUCCACCUUUAACCUCCUAGCUGUCCUGGCACUGCCCCAUCUGCUAUAUGCAUUCGUGUGGCUGACACCCGGGGUGUGGCGACGCGCCUUUGGCAAGAAAUCCGUGCCUGUCUUCGCUUGGCUGGGGGCUGCUGGAAAGGUAUUGCAAUUUAGCAAUGUGUUCUUGUGGGCCUGGUCCUCCCAGCCUUCGGGUGUGUGUCUCCGACACCCCAUGACGACGUGGCAGGUGCUGCUGGCACUUACUUUGGUAGUGUACGGACAGAUUAUCGAUUUCCUUGAUAGUACGUACAACCUCAUUUGGAUCCCGGAAGCUAACGACUUGCUCGACAAGACCGCGGAGCUGCUCGAACGAGCUUUCGAAUUGGCGUUGAGGUCACGGCUAAAACAGCACUCUGGUAUUCACGUCGAUGUCCGGUCGACGGCUUGGGGUUUGCUGGAGGGCAAAUUUGGGGGGAUGACCGUCCGCGGCUACAAUUGGCGAACACCCCUGGCGCUGACUGCCGAACAGCUGACGGUAGACGUUGGCGAGCUCAUCUUGGAUUACCAAAAGCUGGUUUGGCAGCAAACUGUCGCGCUGAAAAAUAUCCCGCAGGGCUCCGUGGCAUUUACGCUCACAAGUCAGGACCUAGCAAACUUCAUGGUGCAUCCCAUCAUGGUAGCAGCGGCGGCCCGAGCGGUCAAGGGCCACUCCUUCGCCUUUGAUCGCAACACUGCCAGCGUCCGACUGGACCCCCCGACCGGCCGCGGCGUUAUCACCUACGAGGGCACCUGGGCGGGCGACGGCCGUCGAUACGCCGUCACCAUGAGUACACCACCGCCGGCGCCACCGCCUGCAGCGGCAGCGGCGCGUGGUAACGGCGGCAUCGCCACCGUUGCAGCCUCCUCGAACACCCUGGAACAGCUCACGGUAUCCGCCAGGCGUGUCGUACCGGCGUCAAAGUCGACCACGGGAAGCUUCGCCUCCGUUGGCAGUGCGGAUGAACCCCUGGCAACGGCGGCCAGAACGACGGUUACGGCGGCGGAGGCGACAGUCGUCGGGCGAUCCGGAUCCGCUGGGAGGGUCGUCCAGACGCUAACGGUUGCGCCAGCGGCGCUGCCGUACGGCGCUGCUGUGGCAGCCGACGCUGGCGCCGGCGCAGUAGCGUUGAGCGCUGCCAGCGCUGGUUCAAUGGACGACCCGGACGUGGAUGCGGGGGCUGAGGUGGUGGCGGAGGGUUUACGGCGUUUUUUCAGCAGCCUCGUGAUCAACUUACAGGGGAUUGAGCUGCGCAACCCAGUGCUGCUCGUGCAGCAGAUUCCGGGACCGUCGGGAGCCACGGGGGCCAGGGCGGGAGCGGUGCGCGGCGGAGGCUUCACCGCCUCACCGUCUCAGUCACCACCACGGCAAAGACUCCGUUCUGCGGCUAGGCCCACGCCCACACCCACGGCCCACACGCCCGCGGCGAUGGCAAUGGGAAAACUGCCGCCGACGUCGUCUGCGUCCGCGUCUUCCUCGUCCUCGUCGCGGACUACUGCUGGGGCAGGAGUGGAAGCAGGGACCGGGCCUGGGCCUACUCCAGGGAGGUUGGAUCUGGUGCCCGCGCUGCUGACCAUCACCAUGAAGGUCGCGAUUCUACAGCUGCCGCCGCUGGACAUGAAGUUCUGA